AUAUGUUAGUACGUCAGCGGUGGCUGCGCAUUCGCAUUCGAAGCUGCGCCGUGGAAUUUCGAAUGAAUCUACAAUUCGGGAAUGGCUUCAAUUGGGAGGGAGAAAUAUCUCAAAGUAUAAGAAGACGUAGUUCGUCGUAGGAGAAAAGAGAUUCUCAUCACAAGACACGAGACAUACAGUCAAGGCAACUACCCUACAUCACAUACUUUAGCAUCGAACAAUACACUUAAUCACACAAUACUAUUCAUCCUCACUCUCACUUACACUCAUCAUGGGUCUCGUCGGUCUUGCCAUGCGUACUCUUAUGGGCUCCUCAGACUCCCGCCAGCCUCGCUCUGGAGGAUGCUACGGAAGUCGAAAGCAACAAGCCUAUCUUGUCCAACAACCUCAACUCAUGGGUCCUAACCCCGACUACAUGGCCAUGAGCACUGGUCGAUCAUCAUGUCACCAACGCAAGAUGGAGCGUCGGUACCAGAAAAAGAUGCAACAUGCUGAACGCAUGCAACUCCGAGCCGAACAGCGAGCAGAGAGGGAUUAUCAACGGGCUGAGAGACGACAAGCGGGUGUUUUGAUGGUCAAGUCGGGAUCACAGAAAGUUGGAAUGAUUGGUGGAGGCUCAAGUCAGAAUGUUCAUGAAACAAGAGACUUUCACGAAGAGCCAAACAAUGGUGUCUAUGAGAUGGAUGCCAUUAACCAACAACAUGUUGAAAAGGACGCACCGCCUGCAUAUGACGAUGUGGUGAGGAAGUAAAAGUAUGGGAGGGAAUGGCUUAGAAGUUGGGCUUGGAAUGUGAACAUUAUGAUUAGAACGAUAUCCGAAUUCAAGAAUACGAUAAAUAAAUGACUUUUCGCAUCAUGGAGACCAU